AUGAGUCUGCUGCCCCAGUCUGUCCACGCCAAAUUGGGACUGUUUCAGGCACAACGUGACCUCGUUCACUCGUCGCCUUGCCGAAUGCACUCUGAACCGAUAUUGGCCGAAAUGCUCCAGAAGGCAAAUGACUCCGCAGUCUACUCCGACGCACCAGAGAACACGGUCGCUCGAGCACAAGGCAACUCACCUCAACUCAAUGUCUUGUAUACCGUUCACAUCGUCCUUCCGGGUUAUGAGGAUCCCAACCGUCCGGGUUUGUGGAAUGCGCCCUGGAAAACUACUGCACCAAGAAUAGGCACACUGAGUUGAUUGUGAGAGUCCAUAGCAUGGUAAAGACCCCGUAGAGAAUGUAUCGGCCGUAUCUCCUCGAUCCAUGAAGCCGAGCUUCGUCAGGAUUCACGAUUUUGACGCCUCAUGAGCCAGAUCCUUCGAGUGCUACCACUGUAUUGUGGCGGGUCACUCUUCUGCAAACGGCAUCCCGAGAAGAGCAUCUAUUCCCUAGAAACGGCUGAGUGAGAUACGAUCUAUUCCCUAGAAACGGCCGAGUGAGAUACUGAAGACACCAGUCUUGUGUAGACACGCACUGCCGUGGUCUGCAGGAGAGAAUUCAUCGACACAGUGACUGCGCAAUGACUUGGAGCAAUGCGAGAGGAUUCAUCGCGAUCGUGUUUGUGACCUGCAGCACUAGCACCCGACGUUGUAGAGAUGCAUCCGUGCCAUAAGUGGCUGCCAGGCAGCAG